GUUUGCUAUGAUGAGUUAAAAUAUGACACGCACAAGCUGUCGUUCUCCGAUGUCUCGUUUGCCUAAGCACCGCAAACACACGAAUAGCGUCAAGUUCGAUACACCACCAACCGAAAUGAAAAGAUGUUUGGUCAAACUAAAAAGAAUGGUGCCAACUAUUGAACGAAAUAAGAAAGUUAAUCAGCUGGAAUUAUUGCAACAUGUUAUUGAUUAUAUACAAGACUUAGAAAAAACCCUUCAAUAUCCUGAGGAUAUAUUAACAUCCGUCAACGUGUCUAAAUGUUCGAGUCCUAAAGAAAAUAUCAAUGUUCUCGAAGACUUAUUACGCGACAGAAAACUCGACGUAGUCAAAAUAAUUAAGACAAGUAUGUGUUUAUAUCCAAUGUUGGGUUAUGAACAUAUCCAAAUUCAUUAAAAUGUUCCAAGAUAAUGCUCUUACAAAUUAAUUUCUAACCGAAUUAAACGAACUGUAGGAAAAAAGGAUUCCUAAUACAAUAUGUAAUAACCUAACAAAAUCCUGUUACUGCUACUAGUCCCAAUGUUAUGACUGAAACGGGAAAAGACUGAGGUUAGAUGAUGCAGUGAGAAAUGCAAGGCUAAAUAAUGUAUCUUUGUAUCAUACUGAUUUGCCAUGAGUAACCAAAAAACCACCUGCUUCGGUUUGGGC